UUACAUCUCCACAAAAUUAAUUGAAAGUGAAUCAAAGCACAAUGGCACUAUUUCUUGUCCUAACAAUAUUCUCAAUGUCAGUCUCAUUAUGCACCUCCAUGAACCAAGACAUGAUCAGUGCCACAAAAGAAAUGCAGAAAGCCAACUACUUCACAUUCGUAAUGCUCCUAAACAUGGCGCCGCCCGAUGCAUUCAACGGAAACAUCACAUUUUUGAUGCCCAACGAUAGAAGCCUCGCGGCCAUUAGUGCAGGCGGCGUAGCAUCUGUGCUUGACUUCCUGCUCCGACAAUCCAUCCCCUCGCCGCUUCUCCUCGACCACCUCAACCACUUCCCCACGGGGUCCAUGAUCCCAGCCUCAAAGCCUGGGUUCAUGUUUAAGGUUAGUAAUGACGGCAGGAAACGUUUCUUCCUUAGCAAUGUUAGGAUCACUAGCCCCAACAUCUGCACUAAAGGAAAUUCCGUUAGGUGUCACGGCAUUGAUGGAGUGGCGGAGCCUGCAAUGGUUCCGCUGCCUGAUAUACCUCCCACCACCACGCCUACUUGUGUCACCCCUGUUGAUCGUCUCCCACCACCUAUUGCAGCUUCGUCGCCAUCAGCUGUAGCACAAGUUAGUCGCCAAAAAUCUUCGAGUUGUAGUAUAAUGGUUGUUGAUUUGGUAACGAUAUUGGCAGUGAUGAUGAUAUCUGUAUAUCCUUUGUUUGUGUAGUUGAUUGAGGAAGAUGCCAUGUUCAUAAAAUUAAUCAAAUCAUAUUUAAUUGUAUAAGCCUUUAUCCCUAA